AUGAGUGCGUUGGGGUUUGAUAUUGGAAAUGAAAACUGUGUGAUAGGAGCGGCUAAGCAACGUGGAAUUGAUGUAUUGCUAAAUGAUGAAUCAAAGCGGGAAACUCCAUCUGUGGUUUCAUUUGGUGAAAAGCAGAGGUUUAUUGGAUCGGCUGGGGCUGCCUCCGCUACCAUGAAUCCAAAAUCCACCAUUUCUCAGGUCAAAAGAUUGAUAGGACGGAAAUUUAGCGAACCCAGAGUGCAGGAUGACCUUAAAUUGUUCCCUUUCGAGACUUCCGAGGAUCCUGAUGGGGACAUUUUGAUAAAUUUAAAUUAUAUGAACGAGAAACAAACUUUUACACCGGUUCAGAUUCUAGCUAUGCUGUUUGCCCAUUUAAAGCAGAUUGCAGAGAAAAAUCUUGAGAUACCCGUUUCAGAUUGUGUGAUUGGCGUGCCUUCGUACUUAACGGAUUUGCAGAGACGUGCAUAUUUGAAUGCUGCAGAGAUAGCUGGCUUGAAGCCAUUGAGGUUGAUGCAUGACUGUACAGCUACUGCUCUGGGCUACGGCAUAUACAAGACAGACUUCCCUAGUGGAGGUCCUGCAAAUAUUGUGUUUGUGGAUAUUGGUCAUUGUGAUAUACAGGUUUCUGUUGCAUCAUUUGAACCUGGGCGUAUGAAAAUAUUAUCUCAUGCUUCUGAUAGCAACUUAGGGGGAAGAGACUUUGAUGAGGUCCUGUUCAGGUAUUUUGCUGCACAAUUCAAGGAACAGUACAACAUUGACGUUUAUUCUAAUGCACGAGCAUCUUUAAGGCUGAGAGCGGCAUGUGAAAAAUUGAAGAAAGUCUUGAGUGCUAAUCCAGAGGCACCGCUUAAUAUUGAGUGCUUGAUGGAAGAGAAAGAUGUCAAGGGAUUUAUUAAGAGAGAGGAUUUUGAGGAGCUGUCGUCAGAAUUACUGGAAAGAAUUAGCAUUCCAUGUCGUAAGGCUUUGCUUAACUCUGGUCUUACUCUUGAGAAGAUCCAUGCAGUUGAGCUUGUUGGAUCAGGUUCUCGAAUACCUGCCAUUUCGAAGAUAUUGAACUCAUUAUUCGGGAAAGAACCUAGCCGGACUGUAAAUGCAAGUGAGUGCGUGGCUCGUGGUUGUGCCCUUCAAUGUGCAAUGCUCAGUCCCAUAUUCCGAGUGAGAGAGUACGAGGUGCAAGAUUCAUUUCCAUUUUCUAUUGGAUUUGCAUCUGACGAAGGGCCGAUCUGCACAGUGACAGAUGGCGUGUUGUUUCCUAAGCUGCAUCCUUUUCCAAGUCUAAAGAUGCUUACGUUGCACCGAAGUGGCACAUUUUACAUGGAAGCCUUUUACACAAACCAGGAUGAGUUGCCUUCAGGUGUAUCUACAAGAAUCAGCUCUUUUACGAUUGGCCCAUUCAAAGUUCCUCAUGCGGAAAAAAUGAAGAUUAAAGUUAGAGUCAAUUUAAACCUCCAUGGAAUUGUUACCAUAGAGUCUGCCUCGCUGAUGGAGGAUAGUUUGGAUGAUUCUACCAUGAAGAAUGAUGGCACACUCUCAGACAAGAUGGAGCAAAACAAUCAAGAAACUUCCAGCAAAGCAAAUGGGGCUGCUGCUGUUAGACGGCGUGAUAUAACCAUUUGUGAUAAUAUAUAUGGCGGAAUGACACCCCAAGAGCUCUCCCAAGCCCAAGAAAAGGAGCUUCAGUUGGCCCAGCAAGACAUAAUGAUGGAGAGGACUAAAGAUAAGAAAAAUGCACUGGAGUCUUAUGUAUAUGAAGCGCGAAAUAAGAUUUUGAAUACGUAUAGAAGCUUUGCAACUGAUUCAGAGAGGGAAGGGAUCUCCAGUAAUUUACAACAAACUGAGGAAUGGCUCUAUGAAGAUGGAGAUGAUGAGUCUGAAAGUGUUUAUACAGAGAAAUUAGAGCAUCUGAAAAAGAUUGUGGAUCCUGUUGAACAUCGAUACGAAGAGGAAGAGGCCAGGGCACAGUCAACCAGAAAUCUAGUAAAGUGCAUAGUGGAGUAUCAGACGGCUGUAGGAUCACUUCCACCCAGCGAAAGAGAUGUUGUCAUUGGUGAAUGCAAUAAAGCAGAGCAGUGGCUUCGAGAAAAAACCCAAGAGCAGGAUUCAUUACCCAAAAAUGCAGAUCCGAUACUCUUGUCAAGUGAAAUCAAGAGGAAAGCCGAGGCUCUGGAGAUGAUUUGCAGACAUACAUUGGCAUCCAAGUCUUCGUCUGAGAGGCCCGAGGAAAACAGAGAAUCAGAGACGAGAGAUCCAAGAGAUGAUAUGCAUGUUGAUUGA